AUGACGUGGCGCGAGCUACGUAGUCGGCAGUUCUGGCGUGCCAUGCUCGCAGAGCUGCUCGGCACCCUGGUGUUAGUGAGCGCAGUGCUGGGUGCCUCUGUGCCUGGCCCUGGAGAGGCCCCUGGGGGACCCUUGUACCCAGCAGUGGCAGUUGGUGUGGUGAUUGUUGCACUGGCACACUGUUUUGGAGAAAUAAGUGGAGCACAGGUGAACCCUGCAGUGACCCUGUCUCUGUUGGCCACUCGGAGGCUGGAUGUUCUCCGGGCCUCUGUUUAUAUCACCGCACAGUGUUUGGGGGCCUCGUUAGGAGCCGGGGCCCUCUACUUGGCCCUGCCGCUCAAAACCACGGCAGACCACUUCGUCAACAGGGUUCCUAUAGAGUUGAAUGCAGGCCAGGCUCUGGGCAUAGAGGUUUUGUGCACCUUCCAGAUGGUCUUCACGGUGUUCUCAGUGGAGGACCAACGACGGAGGGAAAGCACAGAACCAGGAAACCUGGCUAUCGGAUUAGCACACACUGCUGGAGUGCUAAUAGGCGCGCGGUUCUCUGGCGCAAGCAUGAACCCUGCACGUUCUCUGGGUCCAGCCAUCAUCACUGGCUUCUGGGAAAACCACUGGGUUUACUGGAUCGGACCCGUGCUCGGUGCUAUACUGGCCGGAGUGUCCCAUGAGUUCUUCUUUGCACGCAGCGCGUCUCGCCAGAAGCUGGUCGCAUGUCUGACCUGUAAGGAUAUCGAGAUAGUGGAGACGACCAGCAUGACCGGAUCGUCGCUGUCCACAGUCACACAGAACGCCAUGAGAGCCAAGCAGGCCAACAAGCAGGAAAACAACUGA